GCACUUCUCACAGCCAUGGCGACCCUCUCCACGUCCGUCGUCUCAUCGGCCACGGCCACCGCGACAGCCUCGCCCUCGGGCCCCUUCCACAUCGACUCCUCGUCGGGCGAAUGCCAGCUGCUCGGCCCUUUCGCCCUGGUGGUGCAGGCGGCGCUGGGCGGCCUGGCGAUGCUGUCGCUGGUGUACAAGCGGUGGAGGGAGCACCCGCAGCGCCCCGUCAAGGUCUGGUUCUUUGACGUCUCCAAGCAGGUCUUUGGGUCGGUGUUGGUGCACAUCUCCAACAUCUUCAUGUCCAUGUUGACCAGCGGCCGCUUCAGCAUCAAGGUCGAGCCGACCGUGGUGGAGAGGCUGGUGGCGAGGGGCGAUGAAUACGCGCCGAACCCGUGCUCGUUCUAUCUCUUGAAUCUGGCGAUCGAUACCACCGUUGGUAUUCCCAUCCUCAUUGUUCUCUUGCGAGUCUUCACCGCCCUAGCGUCCUUCACGCCAUUUGGCAAACCCAACGAGUCUAUCCAGUCAGGCUACUAUGGCAACCCUCCCAACGCCUGGUGGUGGCUCAAGCAAUCCUUUAUAUACUUCGCCGGCCUCUUUGGCAUGAAGGUCUGCGUCCUCGUCAUCUUCAUCAUGAUGCCAUGGAUCUCCCGUGUCGGCGACUGGGCGCUCGGCUGGACCGACGGAAACGAAAAGCUCCAGGUCGCCUUUGUCAUGAUGAUCUUCCCUCUCAUUAUGAAUGCUCUCCAGUACUACAUCAUCGACUCCUUCAUCAAGAGGAAAACAACAGACCACGAGGUUCUCGCUUCGCAAGACGAUGACGCCGAUGAUGAUGACUAUGAGAGACGAGGCUCGAACUCUGGCGGCGUCGGUCGAGAUAGCGAAGAUGAGAUUCCUGUCAAGAUCAACGGGCGGUCACGCAAUAACCUCGGCGGAGAAUAUGACCCCGAGGUGGACGGAGACGCCCCGACAAUUACUAGCAGCAGUUCAAAU